CUGCCUCAGGUCGCGGGCUUGUCCCCGAGCGAGCGAGCGAGCGAGCGAACCGGGAAGCCUGGGGAGGGCGUCCGGCACCGCCGAGCCCUGCAGCGUGGCCCGGGGGCUCCUGAGAGACGCGGAGGCGAGGGCCGCCGACGGGAGGACACGCGGCCCGAGGGUCCUGAGCAGGCCUUGUGCUGGGGGCGACGAGGCCGCGGACCAGCGCACCUCGGGGCCAGCGCCCAGAGCGGCCCUACACACGGCCAGGUGGGCUCCCUUCGCCAAAGGACCAGGCGCGCACAGCGCACGGAGUGUCGGGAGGCCACCAGGGAGCACGGAAAGCCGUCUCUGGAGUCCGUCUCGGAGCCAAGGAUGGCAAAACAGAAGAGAAAAGUUACCGAAAUGACAGAGAAAAAGAACAAAAAAUUGAAGAAGGCAUCAGCAAAAGAGAUCCUGAUGGUGCCUGAAGUCACACUGGGCACCAAAGAAGUGCACCCUGAGGACCGUCCAGGAACAAGACUUCACCCAUCAAAUUCCUCAUCUCUGAAAACCGAGGAGGGAGGAGCAGUAUUGGGGGCUGGGCAGGAGACGGCCCCCCAGCUGCCAGUGCUAACCCCGGAGGAGAAGAGGGUCCUGGAGAGGAAGCAGAAGAAGGAGCGGAGAAAAGAGGAGAAGAAGCGACUGCGAGAGUCAGGAGCAGCCCAGAGCCCACCAGCCAAGCGUUCCGGGGCCCAGCUGGCCCUGGACUACCUCCGUGGCUGGGCCGAGAAGCAUGAUAACUGGAGAUUUCAGAAGACGAGGCAGACCUGGCUGCUACUGCAUAUGUACGACAGCAACCAGGUUCCUGAUGAGCUCUUCUCCACACUGCUGGCCUACCUGGAGGGACUCCAGGGCCGGGCCCGGGAGCUGACAGUGCAGAAGGCAGAAGCCCUGAUGCAGAAGUUGGACGAGGCUGGCGGCAUGGACCCCCUUCCUCAGGGGAAGACCCAGCGCAUCCGGCAGGGGUCCUGCACAGACACGGCACAUCUGGAAGCAUCCGUGGUUUGAGGUUUAUAUGUUGAUCGCAACAGUCCUGGGCGGCUUCAUUUUCACCCCUGGACAUGGCUCCCAGGGUCCCCGAUCCUCUGGGUGGCAGCUGUCCCUCAACUGGCCCAUGUCCAGGGCUCAGGGUCCUGGUUUCACGGGCCCCGAGGAGUCCCAAGAACAGGAUGGAAUCUGCAGGAGCCCCAGCCAUCCAGGGCCUGGCACAGCACAGACUGAACCUGCUGGGAACGCAGGUCUCAGGCUGGACUCUGAGUGGAUGUCACCUUGCACCCCCAACUGCAGGCUGAGCUGCGUCCCCUGCCCCAAGUGAAUUCAGAUGUUGGCGACCUAACCCUCGAUACCUAGGAGGUGACUUUGUUUGGAAAUAAGGCUAUGGCAGGGACACCUGGGUAGCCUAGUGGUUGAAAGUCUGCCUUCGGCUCAGGGCGUGAUUCCAGGGUCCUCCGAUGGAGUCCCGCAUUGGGGUGCCUGCAUGGAGCCUGCUUCUCCCUCUGCCUGUG